GGCCGUUUCUUUCAUCCUGGAAUCUUUCUUUCCAACUCUCAAAUUGUUGGCCAAAGAUUUAAUCAGAUUGUCGUUCUGCAUCCUUUAACAAGUUGAGAGUUUUAAGAAGAGCUUACCGGAGGACGUUAUCAAGGUGCCGCACUUAUUUGAGUAAUUUGAGUUCAGCUCCUAACAGAUACUAAAGGUAAGGCCAAGGCCUAGGAAGGUGAUGAGAGAGUGGAACGCGUGCCAAGACGAGUUACGGGGACGACCUUGGCGGCUUCCAGCUAGCUAUUAUUAUAUUUCAGUAUUUCAGUAUUUCAGUUCUUAUAGUUAAGAGAUUGUUAUUACUUUAUUUUAUUUUAUUUGAGGAUUCGAGUUUGAAUAAAUUCCUGGAUCCAGGUGGUUAUCACAUUUGCUAGUGAUAACUAGACUUUAUUGAGUUUUUAUUUGGAGUUAAAUUUUAGCUACAUUUGAGAUUUUAUCAGGGUUAUUUCUUAAACAAACGGCCGUUAUAUUGCAGUUUAUUUUUAAAAGUAGUAUGCUAGUGUAGCGUUCCCUUUAACCCUGAGAGGGGCGUUACAUGUUUGGUAUCAGAGCCUAGGUUGUCCCGUAACUUCAUCUGUCACCGUACACGUGCUCAUCAUCUUCCAAGUGCCUUACGAAAAUGAGGAGAACCCGUGGUCGUCCAGUAGGUGGCAGCAAUGCUCAAGGAAGCAGUAAUGAGCAAGGAAACAAUCACGAGCAAGAUUUGGCAGGUAUUGUAGCGCAACUUCAAAGGCAAUUGCAGGAGCAGCAACAAACUAUUGACCGAUUGACCGCGAACAAUCAAAGGGGCGGUGGUGAAGGAGGAAAUGCUGGAGAUAAUCAAGCUAGGGGGAAUGGAGCACCGAGGCGAGAACCACUAAUGAUAACUUGGAGGAAGAUCAAGCCCGCAGAUUUUGAGGGGGGUCCCGACCCUCUAGCUGCUCAGGGAUGGCUGAAGACCAUUGAAGGCAUUGCUAAUGGUUUGGAAUUAGCAGAUAAUGACAAGGUUCGAUGCGCGUCUUAUAGCCUCACCAUGGAUGCUCGAAUAUGGUGGGAGACUGUGGAAACAAGGUAUAACGUUGCGCAGAUGACAUGGGAGCAGUUCAAAGAGGAGUUCACCAACCAGUAUUUCAAUGCUAGUGUCACACGUAAGUACCAGGAUGAGCUUCAGAAUCUACGUCAGGGAACCAUGGAUGUAGCAACCUUGGCGGCACAAUUUCAGAGACUACUACGUAUUUGCCCUACAGCUGCUCCGACAGAGAGGGAUAAGGUGAAGUUGUUCCUGAAAGCCCUUAGGAAGGAUAUAGCAGUUCACUUGGAGAACGGUAACCAGACCCCAGCUACAUUAGUUGACUGUGUCCUUAUAGCGAGUCAAAAGGAGUACUACCUCCCUACCGAUCCAGUGCCCGCUCAGCCGCAACAUGUGCCUUUACAGUCGCAGAAUCAACCACAGGGAUACACGAACAAUUCAAAGAAUAACAAGAAGAGAAGCUUUAAGGGCAGUGAUGGCAAGGGAGUUGGACGUCAUCAGGAGCGACAAAAUAAACAGAUGAAGUUUCCGCAGUGUGCGAAUUGUGGCCGUAAUCAUCCAGGCCAAUGCAGAUUGGGUUCGAGAGCUUGCUUCACUUGUGGCCUUGAGGGACAUAUGUUCAAAGAUUGUCCAAGAAAGAAUCAGCAAGGCUACCAGAUCACUCAGAUGCCGAGGAAUCCAGCACCUUCAGCGGUUGUCCAUAAUAUGCAGGCUUAUCUAGAAGGACCAUCCAUCCAGCAAGGACGUCUUGAAGCACCACCAGAGGCCCCGGUUGCUAGAGUGUUCACAAUCUCAAGGGAAGAGGCAUCGAUAAAUCCUGGCGUGGUCACAGGUCAGAUACUUGUUCUUAGUAGAUAUGCUAAUGUGUUAUUUGACACUGGAGCUACGCAUUCCUUUGUGUCUCUUGAGUUUGCUAGACCCUUAGCAGUACAUCAAGAUAAGUUAGAUUAUCAGUUCACCACAGCACUUCCGUCAGGAGAUAUCAUGUUGUCGACUCAUUGGCUACGAGCAGUGUCAAUGAGUGUUGCGGGAAGAGAGUUAUUUGUAGAUCUGAUUGUGCUCAACAUGAAGGAUUAUGAUGUGAUUCUCGGCAUGGAUUUUCUGCAGAAGUAUAACGCUUCAAUUAUAUGCCGAAAGAGAAUUGUUAGUUUUGCGCCUGCAGGGUCUGAUCCUUUCUUAUUUCUUGGGGAACCAAAAAGAUCAAGGAAGGUGAUGAUUUCUGCAUUGCAAGCAAGGAGACUUAUUCGGGGUGGAUGUGAAGCUUUCUUAGCUCAUGUAGUAGGCAAAAACUCAGGGGAACCCAUGCAGCUUUCUGAAGUUCCUGUUGUGGAAGGUUACAGUGAUGUAUUCCCCGAAGAUCUCUCAGGAUUACCACCCAGUAGAGAGAUUGAGUUCGAGAUUGAGCUGCUGCCCGGUACCGCACCGAUAUCUAGAGUACCAUAUCGAAUGGCCCCAGCGGAGUUGCAAGAACUCCAUAAGCAGUUGCAGGAGUUGCUAGAGAAGGGUUUCAUUCGGCCCAGCUACUCGCCCUGGGGAGCUCCAGUAUUAUUCGUGAAGAAGAAGGAUGGCACAAUGAGGUUGUGCAUAGAUUACAGAGAACUCAAUAAAGUGACUAUCAAGAAUAGGUAUCCCCUGCCUAGAAUUGAUGACCUGUUUGACCAGUUGAAGGGAGCAGUGAUUUUCUCCAAGAUUGACCUUCGUUCAGGGUAUCAUCAGCUAAGAAUCAAAGAAGGAGACAUCCCAAAAACAGCUUUCAGGUCGCGGUAUGGACACUAUGAAUUUGUGGUUAUGCCGUUCGGCCUAACUAAUGCUCCGGCGGCGUUUAUGGAUCUGAUGAAUAGAGUGUUCCGGGAGCUUCUUGACAAGUUUGUCAUUGUUUUCAUUGAUGAUAUUUUGAUCUACUCAAAGUCUAAGGAGGAGCAUGAAGAACACUUGAGAGAAGUAUUGGAGACACUGAGGAAACAUAAGCUAUAUGCUAAGUUUUCAAAGUGUGAGUUCUGGCUUGACCAAGUAGCAUUCCUUGGCCACGUAGUUUCAAAGCAAGGAGUUUCGGUGGAUCCCUCAAAGGUAGCGGCUGUUCGAGAUUGGAGCAGGCCAAAGAAUGCGAAAGAAGUUCGAAGUUUCUUAGGCCUUGCGGGGUAUUAUAGGAAGUUUGUGGAAGGCUUCUCUGCUAUAGCUCUUCCAUUGACAACCUUGACCCGUAAGGGUAAGAAGUUUGAGUGGACUGAUCGUUGUGAGAAGAGUUUCCAAGAGCUGAAAAAUAGGUUGACAUCUGCACCCGUCUUAGCACUCCCAGAAGGCAAGGAAAGGUUUGUUAUCUACACAGACGCAUCGAAGAUGGGACUUGGAGCAGUUCUUAUGCAGAAUGAACGCGUUAUUGCGUAUGCAUCUCGACAACUCAAGGAGCAUGAGGCAAAUUAUCCCACCCAUGACUUGGAGUUAGCAGCGGUGAUUCAUGCCUUGAAGAUUUGGAGACAUUACUUGUAUGGAGUCCAGUGCAAGAUCUUCACUGAUCAUAAAAGUUUAAAAUAUAUAUUCACGCAGAAGGACCUCAACAUGAGGCAAAGAAGGUGGCUUGAGCUAGUGAAAGACUACGAUUGUGAGAUCCUUUAUCACCCGGGAAAAGCCAACAAGGUAGCAGAUGCACUUAGCAGAAAGUCUUCUGCAACAGUAAUGGUUAUGAUGGUAAUGGAUCCAAAGUUGAGAAAGGAAAUUGAAGAUUUUGAGUUAGAGAUUGUAAAUGGGCGUUACAUGUUUGGUAUCAGAGCUAUAAAACAAGAACUUGAUCCCGAGUUAGUUAAGUUGAAGGAGUGCGUCAAGGAGGGAAAAUGUCCCGAAUUCCGUUUGGAUGAGAGUGGGAGAUUAUUACUUCAAAACAGAUUGUGCAUUCCAGACGUCGAGGGAUUGAGGAAGCAGAUUAUGAAGGAGGCUCAUGACACACCAUUCACUAUGCAUCCUGGUUCGACCAAGAUGUACCAUGACUUGAAGAAAAACUUUUGGUGGUCAGGUAUGAAGAAAGAUGUUGCGAAGUUCGUCCAAUCAUGUCUGACGUGUCAACAAGUAAAGGCUGAACAUCAAAGACCAGGUGGAGAGCUUCAGCCUAUCCAGAUUCCAGAGUGGAAAUGGGAUGAGAUAUCCAUGGACUUUAUUAUGGGUUUGCCGAAGACAACGGGAGGUUAUGACGCUAUAUGGGUUAUAGUGGAUAGAUUGACUAAAUCUGCUCAUUUUAUCCCAAUUUCAGCAAGUAUAUCUUUGGAAAAGUUGGCAAAGUUAUAUAUUCAGGAGAUUGUGAGACUGCAUGGUGUCCCGAAGAGUAUUAUUUCUGACAGAGAUUCCAGAUUUACCUCUCACUUUUGGAAGUGCGUACAACAAUCAUUGGGCACAAAGUUGAAGUUUAGUACUGCUUUUCAUCCUCAGACCGAUGGUCAGACAGAGAGGACAAACCAGAUUUUGGAGGAUAUGCUGCGGGCAUGUGCACUAGAUUUUCAAGGAGGAUGGGUGAAAUACCUAAGUCUGGCGGAGUUUGCUUAUAAUAAUAGUUAUCAAGCAACCAUCGACAUGGCUCCAUAUGAGGCGUUGUAUGGGAGAAGGUGUAGAUCUCCCAUAUCAUGGUGUGAAACAGGAGAGAAGAAGAUCCUAGAAGAGGAACUGCAAGGGAGGACUGAGUUGAUAGAUGAGACCUCAGAAGCUAUUAAAACUAUCCGGCAAAGGAUAGAAUCUGCCCAGUGCAGACAGAAAAGUUAUGCAGAUGUUCGGAGAAGGCCUCUAGAGUUUGAAGUGGGGGAUUUUGUUUUCGUUAAAAUAGCCCCGAUGAAGGGAGUGAUGCGGUUUGGAAAGAAAGGAAAGCUUAGCCCAAGAUUCACCGGACCAUAUGAGAUCACUAGACGAGUGGGGAAAGUAGCUUACGAGCUCGCGCUACCUGAAGAGUUUUCUGGCAUUCAUAAUGUUUUCCAUGUUUCGAUGUUGAGGAAAUACUUUGCUGAUCCGGAGCAUGUUUUGAUACCACCAUCAAUAGAAGUGCAAAAUGAUUUGUCUUACGAGGAGAAGCCAGUACAAAUUCUUGACCGAGAGGUUAGACGUCUCCGGAAUAAGGAGAUAGCUUUAGUAAAAGUGUUGUGGCGAAAUGACAAAGUAGAAGAGGCGACUUGGGAAGCUGAGGACGACAUGAAACGUCGUUAUCCCGAAUUGUUCUAAGUUUCGAGGACGAAACUUUUAUAAGGUGGGAGGGGUUGUAACACCCCGAUUUUAGCGAUCUAGUUACUUUAAUCUUUUAUUUUAUUUAGUCAGUUAAAUAAGAUUAUUGUAUGAAUAAUGUGAUUUAUUGUUUGAUCAUGUGUUUUUCUGGCAGGUAACGUUGACUGGUAAGCUCUAAUAAUUUUAAGUGGAGAAAAUAAGUAAUGUUUUAAAGUUUAAUCAGUUGAUUUCGAAAUAGAAAAUACUUUUAAUGUGCUAGAUUUCUUUUUUUAAGAGGUCAUUAGAAGCCCAAUUCAGUUAAUUUGGCCCAGAUAAAUGUGUUUAGGGCUGAAAUCCCUAGGAAGACAAAAUAGAAUAUAUAACCACCGUAAACCUUUGAGGAUCGGCUCUUUUCCUUAGCUGCUACCGGCCGUUUCUUUCAUCCUGGAAUCUUUCUUUCCAACUCUCAAAUUGUUGGCCAAAGAUUUAAUCAGAUUGUCGUUCUGCAUCCUUUAACAAGUUGAGAGUUUUAAGAAGAGCUUACCGGAGGACGUUAUCAAGGUGCCGCACUUAUUUGAGUAAUUUGAGUUCAGCUCCUAACAGAUACUAAAGGUAAGGCCAAGGCCUAGGAAGGUGAUGAGAGAGUGGAACGCGUGCCAAGACGAGUUACGGGGACGACCUUGGCGGCUUCCAGCUAGCUAUUAUUAUAUUUCAGUAUUUCAGUAUUUCAGUUCUUAUAGUUAAGAGAUUGUUAUUACUUUAUUUUAUUUUAUUUGAGGAUUCGAGUUUGAAUAAAUUCCUGGAUCCAGGUGGUUAUCACAUUUGCUAGUGAUAACUAGACUUUAUUGAGUUUUUAUUUGGAGUUAAAUUUUAGCUACAUUUGAGAUUUUAUCAGGGUUAUUUCUUAAACAAACGGCCGUUAUAUUGCAGUUUAUUUU